AUGGCCAGGCUUUUUGGGUUGAAUUCCAUCGCUGGCUUUGCGAUGGAAGUAUUCAUCCUUAAUUUGUUCAAUGCCAAGAUGAAGACAAAUGCAAGAGGCUACUUUUUCAACAGCGAGAAUAUUCCAUACGCCGGCACCGAUGUGAUGCAGACAAUCGCACUCUAUGAUUUUCCCGGUUGUGAUUUGAAAUCGGCUGAGAAGCUGCGUUGGGCCAUGAAGAAUGUCGCCGAUGCAAUAUCCAAAUCCUUCCGCGACGCCGCAUUCUCUUCCAAAGAUAAAGCGAAUUCUAGUGUCAUCGGCAAGGCGAUGACGAGCAUGACAUAUGUUGAAAUCCGCUGGCAAUGGAUCGUUCUUCCGGUUUUAGUCUGGUUGUUGGCGCUCACCACCUUGGUGGGAACAACGUGGAAGACUAACAAAUCCAAAUCACUCACCUGGAAAAAUAACCUUCUCCCACUCCUGUUCCUAUAUGAAAAUGACCUCCACGAAAAGGCAGAGGAUUUUGAGUCGCUCUCAGGUCGUCAGAGGGCGAAAAUGUGUGACACAGAUGGCGGAAUGCGGCUCAGCAAGUGA